AUGGGAAACCAAAUAUCAUUUCGUGGCUCAGAUGGCACGGGGAAAAUAGUGUAUUGGGACGGUUCGGUUCAACAAUUUGACGAACCACUAACGGUGGCAGAGCUCAUGUUGGAGCACCCACAACAGGUGGUGGUUGAGUUCCAUUCAGCUGUGAACCAGAAAAGGCCAACACCAUUACCAGCUGACAAGAAGCUUGAGAUGAAGAAAACCUACGUAAUGCUUCCAGUGAAGCCAGGGAAGCCUGUGGGAUUGAGUAGUGAAGAUAGUCGACGCAUGAUCUUGAUCGUUGAUUCUGCUUUGCAUUCUAACUAUCUCAUGCGUUCUUCUGGCUUUCUUCCUUGGUUUGCACGGUUAUUCCAUCCAGGGAAUGCCUCAAUUGGGGAUGCUGCAAUGUUAAAGGUGGAGAAUGUGGAAGAGAGGUACGGUUUUUCUGAGCUUUUACAAGAAACGAUUGAAGGGAGGCCUGAAUAUAUGAGUAGGCAGUUAUCAGGGAAAGGGUGGAAGCCUAGCUUGGACACUAUUAAGGAGAAGAAGGUUAAGAGAAAAAUGCUUCGUUGGUUGUUUCUAAAGAGUUUUAGUGGUUCAGAAAUUUAA